AUGGUGACGCUAUGGCUACAUAGAUGUGCUGCUGCAGUUCUGUGUGCAGCAAUGUAUCAUCUUGGGCUAAGUCUACUGCCGUUGUUUCUAGUGUUUACAAGUCUCUCAUAUGUUGAUGGGGAUUGCUUUGAAGCCGCUCCAAAUAACAAGGGCUACGACAACUGUGCCACCUGCUACCAGACGUUUUCCAAUGCUAUUGUCAACACGGAAGACAACAAGUUUCGACUCAGUAUGGCAUUCUUCCCCAUUAACAACGCUCCGUCGGUACAAGUCCAAGUUACGUAUCAGAGCGGAGAUCCUACAACAAAUACUAGUAGCAGAUUUUUCUGGAUAACUGGAGGAUUCUUCAUUUUUCAACCGCUAGAAGUCUUCCUAUAUCGUUCACUUUUCUUCUCGCCACCUACUUAUCUCAAAGAAUCUGUUACAGUUAUUCUUCCUGAAACGUGCUUCGGAAAUGACGUCUUCUUUGAAUAUGCUACUCAGAGGGUAAGACUGUGCGUUCUUAAAAUGCGUUUGUUUAGUUUUUCACAUUUAGCUGAGGGUUACGCUGAGAGUCAAUCUGCUACCCCAGCUGUUGAUGACAGUUAUUUGGGAGUAUCUGUGAGGGAGACAAAUGCUAAAAUCGAUUUCUACUUGGAAUAUGCUGGAGACAGUGAAGACAGUUAAGGCUAGUGAUUCCCUGCGAGCAAAUAUCAUUGCUGCAAUUUUACUUUGUGCUAUUAUAAGUGUCUUUUCUGCUGUAUUGGAUAUAGUUUCAUGUGUCAAAGAUUUUAGUAAUGAUGAUUUGCCAAGCUAUUAUGAUAGGAGAAUGGAGUUUGUGAUUAUAACCAUUUUCUUAUUGAUAUUUUAUUCACUUUUCCUCAUAUUUGGAAUCAUUUUUGUUUGUUUUGAGCUAAUCGCCGUUAUUAAGUAUAACCAAGCACACCAAGACGGCCAAGGACCCCCAGUGAACCAAGACGGCCAAGGACCCCCAGUGAACCAAGACCAAGGGCCCCAAGAAAACCAAGACCAAGGGCCCCAAGAAAACCAAGACCAAGGGCCCCAAGAAAACCAAGACCAAGGGCCCCAAGAAAACCAAGACCAAGGGCCCCAAGAAAACCAAGACCAAGGACCCCAAGAAAACCAAACUCUUGAAAAUUUCAAAGCUAAGUGUACAUCAACUUUAUGUCAAUUUAAUGAUGGGCAUACGGAAAGAAUUAUCAUUAUUUGUGUAUUUCUUGCGGGAGUGCCGUUUUAGCGUUUAUGGCUCAUUUCCCUAGCAUUUUAAUGGCUUGGGCUACUAAUCCAUUUUAUGCCUCAAAAGUUGCCUUGUUUUAUGGUAUCAUUAUAUUUAGCUAUUUUACAUGUUUUCCAUUACUCUUUCAUUGUAUCAAGCAAGGCUGCAUCUGCCUUUAAGAAAGCAUUUGGCAUAAAGAGCAAAAUGUAUGUUUUGGUUCCUGUGUCACUUUUUAUUACAUUCAUUGCUGUAACUGCAGUAGUGUGUCUGAUAACUGUGUUCAUAGUUACUGUUCCAGUCAGUAAUUCAAUUGAGACAGCAACAGACGGUAUUAGUUCAAUCUAUAAUGGUGCUGUUGUUCUUGUUGGUGGCCUCCUUGCAUAUAAAAUCGGAUGGCACUAUGUUGGCCACAAUUUCUCGGCCUCAAAUGCCCUGGAGAAAGCCUUGAAGAAUUUAUUCCCUUUGCCAGGAACAAAUAAACUACCAACUGAUUUGGAGAAAUGUACAGAAGAAGGAAAAUUGACUGAAAUUAUGAAAGCAAUGAUACAUGACGAACUUACGAAGAGGAACUUGAAUGAAAAAUAAUACUUUAGACCUAGAAGGCUUGGAUUGCAAUAGUUUACUUAUUUAGUACCAGUUAUAUUAUAUUAAUUUUUUC